AUGUCUAUAUUUGAACAUAUAAAAAGCAAACAGCUUCAGUUUUUUGACAUUAGUGGUGAACUUCUCAGUCCUGAUAUGAGAACUGCAACCACAAAGUUCGAAGCCAUUAAUGGUCCACGCCCUUCUUCAUUGACCAUCAACAAAUAUUCGCAUUUGAUUCGCAAGCCUUCUUCCUCAUCUCAUGUUGCAUUGACCAAACCCCAGAGCAACAACCCCAUCAUCAUCCACACCAAAUCACCGAAGAUAAUUCACACGAAGCCUCGAGAUUUCAUGGCUCUGGUUCAAAGACUAACCGGCAUGUCAAACUCCAACGAACAUCUCUUGGAUGAUGGCCCGUCCUAUCAGAAUUAUGGGUCUCUUAACUGUGAUGGGUCCAACAAGCAACAAGAGAGUGACGAAGAACAAGGGGAAGAUCUUAGGGAUGAUGAAAGUUGUGUAAAGAAAGAGACUUUUGUUCAUUCUAACAUGGAUUUCGCUGAUUUGCCUAUUUUCACGCCAAAUUCCGUGUAUACAUAUCCAGGUUCGCCAUUUGGGUUUUUGGGUACUUUGUUAUCACCUUCAGGAAUGCAAUUCAUGAAUGAAUUGCCUGAAUAUUAA